GCGCAGCUUUCGAUGAUUUAAGGAUACCUUCUCACGCGGUUUUCUCAGUUCAGCCUGCCGGUCUGCUGCAUGGCAACAGGCGGAGAGGGAUUCCCCCCGUUUUUGUCGCCUCUCUGUCUUCCCGUUCAAAAAUCGCUUCAGCGUUUAAACAAACCAAGUCAGCCUGUCUGCUUCCAGCCGGCGCGCCCAUCAUCAGCAUGUACUGGAAUAUAGAAUAACGCGCGACGCGGAGCAGAAACUUUAAACCCGGGGGAUAUUUAACCAAAAAGAAAAAAAACAGUUAAGACAAACCGAGGAUCCGCCGCAAGGACACAUCACAUAAAGAUUCUCAUUGAUGAGGCAGCCUCCAAAUGACGUCGAGAUGGCUUUAAGUGGAACCCUUUUACCAUCCAUAUCCACGUUCGCCAGCGGCCCCAGUGUGAAGAGUAAAUCCAUAGGAAGCGCCAGUUUAAGAUGGAAGGAGGAGUUGUCCCUUCUUAAGAGACCCAGUGUGCCAACCGGAAGCAGCUGUUCUGACCCAGACCAUCCCACUGCCACCAGCACAACAAACCCCAGCAUGUCCAAAAAACACACGGAGCCUGACCUGGACUUGGACUACGACUUCAUUCUCUCUAACUCCAUCCUACAGCAGCAACAGCAACAGCAACAGCAGCAACAGCAACAACAACAACAACAGCAGGAGGAGACCAUGGCGUGCAGCGCUGCCCAGGCCAUGUCUCCUUCCCCAGGCUCUUUCUCCUCAUCUUACCCUCUCCCCUCCCCUCAGGGCACUGCCAGCGAGCUUCUCUAUACGAUUCCAGAUAUCAGUGAUGUCUCGCCCUCUGGAGGCUUUGUGGCAGAGCUCAUGAGACCCGAGUUGGACCCAGCAUACCUUCACCCCACCAGCCUGCACGGCAAGUUCGUGGUAAAGACAACAAUGGACAUGGGAGAAUACAGCCAAGGCGUGAGCGUAAGCAAGGCCUGUGUUAAUGCUGCGUCAGACCCAACUCCCUCACGCGCCUCACCUUCCUUUACAUGCCACAGGAUAAAGCAGGAGAACCCCAGUAACUGCACCAUAUCGCAGCCCAUCGACCUACACCUGGCUGGGGUGAACUCCCAGGGCCGAGGAAGCCAGCAGCAGCGCCCCAGCCACUUAGACCUACAUGGCUUCCCUGGUGGAGGGAGAUCCAUGACAGGUGGCAGGUUAUCAUCGUCCUCCUCCCUCUCCCCAGACCAUCCCCUGAGCCGGGAGCAUCAGGUCCUGGGGCAUCCCCACUCUCAGAUCACUCUACCUCCCCAGGGAUACCACCAUAGCUCCCCGCAGAGCUACACCUCCUACCCUCAGCCAUCCUCCAUGCAGUACCAAGAGCCCCUCAUGAUCUCCAGUGGGGACUGCUUGCCGGAGGAACAGAAGCCUAAACGUGGUCGGCGCUCCUGGCCAAGGAAGAGAGUUGCCACACACACGUGUGACUAUGUCGGCUGUGGGAAAACCUACACAAAGAGCUCCCACCUCAAAGCACAUCACCGCACGCACACAGGGGAGAAGCCUUACCACUGCGACUGGGAGGGCUGUGGUUGGAAGUUUGCACGUUCAGACGAGCUCACACGCCACUACAGGAAACACACAGGCCACCGGCCAUUUCAGUGUCAGAAAUGCGACCGGGCCUUUUCAAGGUCAGACCACCUUGCUCUCCAUAUGAAGAGACACUUAUGAAACUUGGAUGGCGAUGGAAUGAAGGCUCCAGAAAGGACAAAAAAAAAUCAUCAGCAGAACCCUAAACAAACUUGUGACCUACACUUUUUAAAACCAUAAUUUGCCUUCUGGCCAUGCCAAGCAACAAGACAAGCUGUGGUGUUCACGGCAAAAAGAGCAUUACUCCCUCAAGAGCCUAGAUUUUCUCUCGAGGCCGAUCCCGUCUUUGCACGUUGUGCAGGUGACUUGACAAGACCUCUCAGUCAGGGUUGUAAACUUUUAUGAAAGGGACCAAACUGGAAUUUGUCUUAUUUAACCGACAAAACUUGGAGGACCAGGUGCCAACAGCUUUUAACUGGAAAUGUAUUUCUGUCAGGGAAACCAGGAGCAACAGACAAACAUCUCCAGAGGCCUUCUACCAGCAACACGACAAUAUAGGCUCUGAUAACAACUACACACUGUCCAAAAUACUGUAUUAAUAAAUACAUCUGUAUUUAUAUACACAUUUCACCUGCAAUGCCAUUAAUUUCAGGUACAAUGUUAAUUUAUACAGAACGGUGCUCAGUGACUCUGAAGAAGGUUUUUUUUGUUUGUUUUAAAAGAAAAGGUACCAAAGAUUAAGGAAAAUAUACAAAAAGGUGAUGAUGACUAUGAAAGUGCCAUAUGGUUGUUGCGCGUUUCUUAGAAACCUCUCUUCCACAAUUGGACUUAAAUCAGGUGAACACUUAUAAAUGGUGAUGGCAAUCUUCAAUGCACUGCAGCUGCAAAGUGCAAUAAUUUAUAUGAGACAUUCAUAUUUUUGUAUUGAAUGAGUGAACUCUGAACAAAGUUUUUUUGUUUAUAGCCAAAAUGUAAUAUAAUCUUGAAUUUUGUACAUUUGUGAAUAAAAACGCUUUGUUAUUGUUUUGUAUUUUACAGUAUAAUAAAAUGUAUUUGAAAUAAGAGAAUUUAUGCUCUUUUACCAUAUCUACAUCAUUUCCUCAAAGGACACAUUGACACCACACGAUGAGUCGCAUAAAAAAUUACAUGCGUGUUAACCCGAGUUUCCUUGAAUAUCAGCAGUGCCAGUAAUUGUAGAUUUCCCUGAUAGUGUAACGGAGAAGGACGUUUAAAUGGCAGCAAUAGCUCACAGUCAGCUCACACAUAAUAUCCCCCCUGACAAUAGUGGGAUCGCCGCAGGCGAGCUAACACAAUGUUGUAGUUAAAAAAGAUCUUCAAAAAAAAAUCCACUCCUACAAUGUCCUGUUUCCAUGGGGUUCUCUUUCCACCUGUCAGUGGGAAGAAUGGGGAGGACAACCGAGUUACUGGCUGACAUUCAAGGGUGACACCAAAUCUGACUGCCACUCUGAGCUGGAACUCUCAGGUGCACAAUGGGAAUAAAACCCAUAAAGAUGCUACAGUGAGAUAGUGUCUUGAUAUGUUUCUUCUCUGUGAUUAAGCAUUAUUCUAUGUGGUGUGUGUGUGUGUAUGUAUGUAAUGUAUCCAUGUGUUUUUUUUUUUUUUUUACAAAGUUACAGGACAAUAUUUUCAAACUAAAACAACAUGCACAGAAUCCUGGUGUUUGAACACUAAAAAGAGUCCCGUAUGAAGUUGAUGUUAAAAGAAAUUCAGAUGUCUUUCCAGCAAAGUUGCUUUAAAAUAUAGAGGUUUAGAGACUGCAGUUUAAUUAAUCAUUUAUUUCUUUUUGAUAAGUAAUAAAGUGUUAAAAUAGAUUUAAAACUAAGUGAACAAUCUCUAAAUGUUAUAUCCAUACAAUUCUACUGUACAAUAUCAUAACGGCCUACAAAAUUUCUUUAAAAAAAAACAAAAAAUGACGUUCUGUGAAUAGCUACAAAUGGUUUAAUCAACACAAAGAGCCUGUUUGAAGUGACACAUUUGUAUUUAGAAGAGAGCCUUAAGGUAUUCUAAUAUGUUGUAUAUCUAAUAUUUUAACUGUGUUUAAAGGUAAAAAAAAAACGUUGUUCUAAUGUACUUGGAGCUGUUUAAUACAAGCAACGUCCAUCUGUUGCUACAUGUACUUCCUACCAGGUAAAAAUACAGUCAGACAUGUCAGUGUCAUUUUGUACUAUACAUGUCACACAUAUUCAGGCUGGUAAAUACAGUUUUGGUGUUGACUUUUGGAAACAUGUUGUGGUCUAUGUUGCCCCCUAUAGGUCUAUUUAAGCACAUUCAGAGCUCUUGUUCAAUUCCUAACUGGACCAUUGUGGGAAAUGCCUUUUAAACAUAAUUCUAUGUUUUGUUGUUUACAGAAUAUAAAAGUGAGUCAGAUGACAUGCAGUUUAACACUAAAUUCACUCUUUGGCGAUGUAUAGUUGCUUUAUUACACUAUUAAUUAAUCAUGUUUACAGUUCAGUGUUUAUUGUAACACAGGUUAAAGUUGUUUGCCUUUUGUGUUGCCCUUCAAGGGGUUUGUUGGGCAUCAGGCAACGUCAGAUUUCCAGGGGUCUGGUGGAGAGAAUAAAGAAGAAUUUUAUCUAAAAAAAGGCAAAUACAUACCGAUAAAUUCAUAAUGUAAUAGAGCAACUGUUCACGUGAAUUUACUAACACGUGAAAGCAUAUUUAGUCGAGUCAUAUUUUUGCAGUCACACUCCAUGCACAUUUCAUUUUAUUUUGAAAACUUUAUUUUUUUCUGGAAAAAUAACAGCCAUUGCAACUAAACCCUACCACAUGUAUGUAAACUAUAUACAUGUUAAAAAGCCUUCAUGAAUGUAUUGCAGUUGGGACUCAUGCCUACAAUCCUGUUGAUUCACAUGCAGAUGAGGGAUAGUAAACAGAAAGAGAACCAGUGCCAUGUUGCUUGUUUGUCAUACACAACUUUAAUUUUUGAAACAGAACAAUAAGUGUGUGAAUACUGUCUUAACUUUCUUAUGUAUCCUGAACUAAACUUACUGACACAUCUUGCCAUUGCAAACCAGAUUUUCCUCAUUAAAAAAAACUAAAGUAUUUUUAAAAAAUCAAUAGCACACAGGUGAUUUCUGAUGCUAAGUUAUUUUACUUUAAUUGUUCCUCCAUUUCAAACUCAUCACAAACAAACAGCCUGUCCUUGUAUACCAGCUGAUCCAGUGUUAUUAAGAAAGGUGAAUGUGGAAGUAGUGAAUAAAACAUUUUUUGGGGGAAAUGUAAAAGUUUUGUUUUUACACAUUUAUUCAAUAUCAGCAAUCAAAAAGUAGAGGAAGAAAUAAGAAAAAAAA